AUGUCUACCUCUCCCGCUCCGUCUCCUUCGCUCGCGCCCGGUGGCUCACGCCAUGCCGCUACACCUCUUGACAAACAGCGAGUACAGCUCGAGAAGCUCUUGAAGGACCCCGCGAAACCGGCAUACAUCCCUCCUCCCCCGAAGGACAAGAGCAUUCGGCCCGCUCGCGAGAUGAUGAAGAACGUGCAGGGGUCCAGUGCUGGAGCAGGCAGUGGAGAAUUCCACGUGUAUAAAGCGAGCAGGCGGCGAGAGUACGAGCGACUGAAAGUGAUGGACGAGGAGGCACAGAAGGAAGCAGAGGAGGCCGAGUUUGAACGUCGGAAACGCGAACGGGAGGAGCAGGCGGAGGCCAAGACCUCGAAGAACCGCGCGAAACGACAGAAGAAGAAGGAACGCGCGAAGGGCAAGGGCACUGAAAAGGACGGGCAGGAGGAUGGUCCCACUGCGGGUCCGGAAGCAGCGCGCGAGCGCCCCGACGUACCGCUGAAGAAGCGGAGGCUGGUCAACGGCAAGGAGCUCGUGUUCCGGCGGCCGGGCGAGGGCAGCGACGACGAGGACGAGGAUGUUGGCCCGAACCCGCAAGACGCAUACGACGCGAUCCCCGACGCGCCCCCAGUGGCUAUCGCCGACACGCGGAAAAUCACGAUCAUCGAGGAGGACUGA